AUCCACCCCUCGUACCGUCUCUCCCCCUUUUUUCUUUUGUUUUCUUUGCGUUUCUUUCCUUUGAUUUCUUUCUUCUAUCGUUCUGGCUUGGUUUUGUCCUUUGUAGUGGGUUCUUUCUGACGUUCCUCCGUCAUCCUUUCUUAACUUCGGACUUUGCUCCGCCAAGAGCGAUCGUCAACACGUCUAAUUCUCAUUACCUACUCUAAGAAUUUCGACGCGGGCUUUCAUUUCCUAUUUUAAUCCACGGCCAAUCUCAUCUGUACUAUUUACAGCCGUGGACAUCAGUCCAGCUCGCGUUCGUUCCUGCCUAGCCGUGGGGCUUCUCAUCUUUCGCAGGCAGAGCCUGUACAAAGGUCCAGGUUUGUGCAAAAUUACCCUUUGCCGGACUUAAGCCAUGGCGUCUUCGACAAUUGACGCGUCCGUCGAGGAUGUCUUGGAUGAUCUGCAAUUGAACCAGGUCAUUCUAGAAAGUUUAGACCAGGAACGGCCUGAUGCGGUCGCCGAAAGGCAGGAGAUUCUAGACAUCAUUAAAGAACUCGAAGCGCGUCUGGCGGUACUCCGCGGUGAACCUCCCGCUAGUUUUCAGAGUCAACCUUCUUCUCAUGGCGCCGCAGAACAUACUGUUGUAAGUCGGCCUCAAUUAGAACAGCCUGACGCAUCUGCCUCAUGGUCAUUUCAAUCAAAUCAUCGGCAUGAUUCGCCUUUUUUCGUGGGUCCCUCAAAUAUGCGGAAGCGUCAGCGUAAUGAGGACGUGACCGAUGGGUAUGAAGACGCCGAUGAAGAUGCCGAAACCGAUUUCACGGACGAUCUUGAACCGCCGGUCAAGCGUGUGCAAACAAGCCGACCAUCAGAAACCUCUAGUUCCGUCGCCCGGUCGAGCCCCAGCAUACCGACGGAUGACGGUGCUGACGAGCUGCACAAGCUUCUCGGUUUGGACAGUCGGGAUACCCUCUUACGUCUCCAGGAGGAUCAGCGGAAGGCCGAACAAUGGCUUGAGAUGCGCAAAGAACAGGAGCGACAAGAUGAAGAGUUUGCCCGUAGGCUCAAUGAAGGCUUUCAGGAGCGCCAUCGGCCGUCAUCACCCGUGAGCAGCCCUGCUCAUCAUGGCAGAACCUCGACUUUUCCUGUCCCAUCCUUUUCAGCCGAGGAAAGGGGCGAUCAAUGGUCUUCAUAUCGUGAUCCCAGUCAUGAUCCCAAUCGCUCGCAUUUUCGAGCCCCUUUAUUCCCCGACGGAAAUCGCACCGGAUCCGAACGCUACCCCGUCCCCAUAGCUCAGGACAGCGACGAUAGCGACCUCGCAGAAAUCACUGAAGGAGAUUUCCAGCAUCACACACGUAGCCCGUCAAACCAUUACACCGACGGCAUGCCCACCUAUCCUUGGAUGCCUAGGCGUCCAGAGGUACACCGUUUCGAAAACAUACCACCCCGAAGUCUCGGUGCGUCUGGUCCGGUGUACGGGCCAAACGUGUUUCAGAAUACUCUGGCAAGGCUUAAUGCAGGAAAACAGCUGUUUGAACAGGCAGGGAGGUCCAUCUUCGGAUCAGAUUCUAGUCCGUUUUCAUCACAUCGAGGAAUCCCGCUCCCUGAGCAUGAAGGUCCAGAUCCAUAUUACGACAUGUUGAAUGAUCUCUACGGACAGGGGGAAGAUCCUCAAAAAAUAAACGACGAUAUCAAGCAAUUACUUGAAACCAUCAGACCCGAUUCCGAUAUCUCCAAGGAAAAUCGUGAAGGCACCCCUGAAGCCCUGAAAUUUAAUUUGCUGGAGCAUCAGAAGCUAGGGCUGGCGUGGAUGAAAUCGUUGGAGGAACAGGAUCAGAAAGGCGGCAUUCUUGCGGAUGAUAUGGGACUGGGAAAGACAAUCCAAGCCAUCGCGCUUAUGGUCUCCCGACCCCCUGAAGACUCGGAAAGGAAAGCAACGCUCAUCAUUGCUCCGGUCGCAUUGAUGCAGCAGUGGAAGCGAGAGAUCCAGAGAGUUCUAAAGCCCGGACAGCACCAGCUGAGAGUCUACGUAUUGCAUGGCGACAAACGAGCCGUGGGCUUCAGGGACCUGAGAGACUACGACGUGGUUCUUACCACAUUCGGCACCCUCUCCUCUGAAUUGAAGCGCAGGGAAAAGUAUGAUGAACUCCACGGACAUGAACCGACCGAGUCCAGAGAGCUUCUCAAAUCUAUGCCAUGUCUUGGUCCGAGCAGCAAAUGGUAUCGUGUCAUCAUAGACGAAGCUCAGUGCAUCAAAAACCGGAAUACAAAGGCUGCGAUAGCGUGUUGCCGUCUUGACUCGACGUACCGCUGGUGCAUGAGCGGGACUCCGAUGAUGAACAGCGUCCAGGAGUUGCAUUCUCUGUUGAAGUUUCUGCGCAUUCGACCUUACGGAAGCCUGGACAGAUUCAAUCAUGACUUCACGCGCCCCUUGAAGUCUGGUAGUGCUAAUGCGCAGAAAAAAGCGAUGAAACAGCUGCAGGUGUUGCUCAAGGCGGUUCUUUUGAGACGAACGAAAGAAUCUAAGAUCGACGGCAAACCCAUUCUUCAACUCCCACGGAGGGUGUUAGAAAAGGUGCACGCUGUUUUCAGUGACGAUGAGCAGGAGUUGUAUUCGGCACUUGAAGCGCAGACCCAACUCCAGUUUAACAAAUAUCUGGAAGCUGGCACUGUUGGACGCAAUUACUCCAACAUCCUGGUCUUGCUCCUCCGACUUCGACAAGCUUGUUGCCACCCCCACCUGAUCAAAGACUAUAGCGUCAAGCUCAACGCGAACACGGAUGAGCUGGACCUCGUUGAGAAUGCGAAAGCCUUCGGUAACGACGUCGUCAUUCGCCUGAAAGGAAACAGUGACCUCGAAUGCCCCAUUUGUAUCGAUGCCGUUGACAAUCCGAUUAUCUUCUUCCCUUGCGGCCAUAGCACCUGCGCUGAGUGUUUCUCAAGGAUUUCAGACCCAGAGCUGUCCGUGAGGCAAGGCCACGAUGGCACCGUCGACGUCAAAUGCCCGAAUUGCCGUGGCAAGGUUGAUCCCAAAAAGAUCACCGAUCAUCUGUCGUUCAAGAAAGUUCACUUCCCCGACGAGUCCAGCGAGUCCGCAGAGUUGGAACUGCCUAAACCCGCUGAAGAAGACGAGGAUGACAGCGACGACAGCGACCAAGACAGCUUGUCUCGAUUCAUCGUGAGUGACGACGAAGAAAACAAGACCGCUCAGUCACCGAAACGUAAAAAGAAAGGGAAAAUGCCCCAAAAUACCAAGAAGACCCUUGCGGAUCUGAAGAAGGAAGCCUCGAAAAAUCAGAAAUCCAAGCGCAAAUAUCUCCGCCGUCUGGACAAAACAUGGAUAUCUAGCGCCAAGAUCGACAAAGCAAUGGACAUCUUACGCGAUGUUCAGCUCGGCGAAGCGAAGGAAAAAACCAUUAUCUUCAGCCAAUUUACUGCAUUGCUUGACUUGCUCGAGGUUCCGAUCAUGCGCAGCGGAUGGGGCUACCGACGCUACGACGGCAGUAUGAAGCCCGCGGACCGGAACUCGGCGGUGCUUGAUUUCACCGACAAUCCUGACUGCAGGAUUAUGCUGGUGUCGCUGAAGGCUGGUAAUGCUGGACUUAACCUUGUCGCUGCAUCUCAAGUUAUAAUUUUCGAUCCAUUCUGGAACCCGUACAUCGAGGAGCAGGCGAUUGACCGUGCUCAUCGAAUCGGACAAUUGAGGGAAGUGCAUAUCCAUCGAAUUCUUGUAGAGAAGACCGUCGAAGAUCGUAUUCUCGAACUUCAGGACAAGAAGCGAGAAAUCAUCGAAGGCGCCCUUGACGAAAAUGCCUCAAAGAGCAUUUCUCGUUUGGGGACCAGAGAGCUGGCCUACCUAUUUGGUGUCCAUUAAACAUCUUUCCCUAAUUACCUCACGACCCGGCGUUGUUGGAUUCUUGCAGCUUUAUCAAUCGCGUUAAAUCCAUUACAAAAGAAACCAAGAUACCCCUAAUCUGUCUGUUAUUCUGCCCCGGCUAUGUUACAAAAUGCGUUCUGUUUCCUGUAUCUGUUCGACUUCUUCUCGGUUUACAUAGACCAGGACACUGGCAUUGAGAGCAUCAUAAGUCGAUACUUUCGAGCAAUAUUCCUUUUCAUGAUUCUGCUUUCACUUCAAGCCCUUCAUUCCCGCUGUCUGUUCCAAUAGACCAUUGGUCUUGCUUUCGAGGGCUCAGAUAUUUCGGUUACACUUGCUCUCCCAAUACAAUUUAUUUGAUUCUAGAGAUUGAUUGAUUGCCCUACUUUCAGGCUCCUCUUUCGGCUCCCUCUUGAGAUUGAUUUUCUUUCUUUUUCUUUUCUUUUCUUUUCUUUUUUUUU